CUUGCUCCGGAGGCGCCAAUCGGAAAAGGGAUCUUUGGAAACGUCCAUAACUCUUCCGAGCGCUGGAUACAUUGUUAGUACUUUUAAUUAAAAAAAAAAAAGCCCAAAGCCCUUCUCUGGUGGCCAUCUGGAUUUCCCUGGAUCUCCUCAAUACUGCAUCACUCUUCUGCCCCCUUCUUUUUCUGACUCCUCCAAAUCCUUCCCCCUCAGAAGAAGGUCCUUGUGUGUCUUUUUCUUCCUCAGUAACUGCGGUGCGUUCACGACCCGAGUGAGCUUUACCUGGAGGGAAGGGCUGGAAACGAAGGAGCAUCAACCCCUGAUUUCCUUCAGACUUGAUUCCCUUUUUGUCUGCUGGCAUGGAAAGAACUCUGUCAAUUUUAUUGUGCUUGUGAAUGACCUCAAGUUAUCUCUGCUUCUGCCUUUAAGCCCACGGCAGCAAACAGGAGGAAAAUGGUGAAAAGAAAGAAAAUAGGACAACAUCAAAUGCCAGGGGAAAAGGGUGAAUGUCUGGAUGCUGAAGAGGCUGUUGAGAAUCAAGUUGGACCGAAGAAACUAGGAGGAAAGAGCACCGAUGAAAAGAUGGAUGAAUCCAUUUCUCCUACAGAAGAAAUCCAAGUCCCUCAGAAAACAUCCAAGGGAGAGGGAACCCAUGAGUGCCCCAAGUGUAGGAAAACCUUUGCCCGUAAAUCAGCCCUAGAUCGCCAUGAGAAAGUUCACAAAGGAGAGAAACCAUUUACAGGCUUGGAGUGUGGAAGGAGUUUCAGUCGGUUUGCAAACCUUGCUAAACACCUCAGGAUCCAUGCAGAAAAGAAGCUAUUUCAAUGUCUGGAGUGUGGAAAAAGCUUUAGAUGGAAAUCCUGUCUUACCACCCAUGAAAGAAUUCACUCCGGGGAGAAGCCAUUUCAAUGCCUGGAGUGUGGAAAAAGCUUUAGAGUGAAAUCCCAUCUUACUGUCCAUGAAAGAAUUCACUCUGGGGAGAAGCCAUUUCAAUGCCUAGAGUGUGAAAAAAGCUUUAGAGGGAAAACACAUCUUACUGUCCACGAAAGAAUUCACUCAGGGAAGAAACCAUUUAAAUGUAUGGAGUGUGGAAAAAGUUUCAGUCAGAGUGGAAACUUUGCUAGACACCUUAAGACCCACACAGACAACAAGCCGUUAGAAUGUCUUGAAUGUGGAAGGACCUUUCGACUGAAAAUAUUGUUGAUGAAUCAUAAGAAUAUUCAUCAAGGAGAGAAACCGUACAGACCUAUGGCAUGUAGAAAGAGUGUUGGUCAAGGAGAAAGAAAGUCAUUGAAAUGCAGGGAAUGUGGAAAGAGAUUCAGUCGGAGCAGCCUUGCCUUGCACCAAAGAGUGCACACUGGGGAGAAACCAUAUAAAUGUUUAGAGUGCGGAAAGACCUUCAGCCAGAAGUCAAGUUUAAACUCCCAUCAGAGAAUUCACACAGGGGAGAAGCCCUUUGAAUGCCUGGAGUGUGGAAAGAGUUUCAGCCAGAACGCAAACCUGAAAAACCACCAGAGUAUCCACAUGGGGCGGAAGCCAUUCGAAUGCAAGGAAUGUGGAAAAUGCUUUAGAUUGAAAGAUUCCCUUCGUAGCCAUCAAAGUGUUCAUACAAGAGAGAAGCCUUUUAAAUGUCUGGAGUGUGGAAAGGCAUUCCGUUGGAAGGCAAGCCUUUCUUUACAUAAUAGGAUCCAUACAGGCGAGAAACCCUUUGAAUGCCAAGAGUGUGGGAAGACCUUCAGCCAAAAAAGUAACCUUAUUUCCCAUAAAAUAAUUCACACUGGGGAGAAACCAUAUAAAUGUCUGGAGUGUGGGAAGACUUUUGUGCAACGUUUCCCCCUUAUUAUUCACACAAGGAUUCACACAGGAGAAAAGCCGCAUAAAUGUCUGGAGUGUGGGAAGAGCUUCAUACGUGGUGGAGAUCUUGUUAAACAUAAGCUCACCCACAUAGGGGAGAAAAAUUAUAAAUGCCUAGAGUGUGGAAAGAGUUUCAUUACAGAGUCAGCACUUACUCGCCAUCAUAUAAUCCACACUGAAGAGAAACCAUUUAAAUGUCUGGAGUGCGGAAAGGCCUUCAAACAGAAGGAGUAUUCAGCCCAAACUCUUAAACGACACCAAAGAGUCCAUACAGGGGAGAAACCCUUUAAGUGUCAGGAAUGUGGAAAGAGCUUUCGUCAGAGUGGUUAUCUUACUGUGCAUUCCCGAAUCCACACAGGAGAGAAACCUCAUAAAUGCCUGGAGUGUGGAAAGAGCUUCCGUAUGAAAUCACAGCUUAUAACCCAUGAAAGAAUUCAUUCGGGGGAGAAGCCAUUUGAAUGCCUGGAGUGUGGAAAAAGCUUCAGUCAACGUGGGAGCCUUACUUCUCACCAAAAGACCCACACAGGGGAGAGACCCUUUGAAUGCCUGGAGUGUGGAAAGCGCUUCAGUCAUAGUGGGAGCCUUGUUACACACCACAGGACCCACACAGGUGAGAAGCCAUUUGAAUGCCUGGAAUGUGGAAAGAGCUUCAGUCGUCGCGAUAGUCUUGCUACACACCGCAGGAUCCACAUAGCUGAGAAGCUGUUUGAAUGCCCAGAGUGUGGGAAAACCUUUAGAAUAAAAAAAAGUCUUACUAUCCACGAAAGAAUUCACUCAGGGCAGAGGCCAUUUAUAUGCCUGGAGUGUGGAAAGAGUUUCAGUCACCUUAGAUCAUUUACUGUACACCAUAGGACCCACACAAGUGAGAAGCCAUUUCAGUGUCUGGAAUGUGGGAAAACCUUUGGACGAAAGGAAAUUCUUCAUGCGCACGAAAGAAUUCACUCCGGGGAAAAGCCAUUUAAAUGUCUGGAAUGUGGAAAGAGUUUUAGAGUACGUGAGAGCCUUGCUUAUCACCACAAGUCCCACACCGGGGAGAAGCCAUUUAAGUGUCUGGAGUGUGGGAAAAGUUUCAGAGCACGUGAGGGCCUUGCUUAUCACCACAGAACCCACUCAGGGGAGAAGCCAUUUGAAUGCCUGGAGUGUGGAAAGAGUUUCAGUCAUUGUGUAAAUCUCGCUAGACAUCACAGGACCCAUACAGGUGAAAAGCCUUUUGAAUGCCUCGAGUGUGGUAAGAGUUUCAGUCAACGUGGAAGCCUUUCUGCGCACCGCAGGAUCCACACAGGCGAGAAGCCAUUUGAAUGCCUGGAGUGUGGAAAAGGUUUUAGAACGAAAAAUAGUCGUCUUAUCCAUGAAAGGAUUUACUCAGGAGAGAAGCAUUUUACGUGCCUGGAGUGUGGAAAGAGUUUCAGUCACCUUGGAGACUUCGCUACGCACCACAGGAUCCACACAGGCGAGAAGCCAUUUGAAUGCCUGGAGUGUGGAAAAGGUUUUAGAACGAAAAAUAGUCUGACUACCCAUGAGAGAAUUCAUUCUGGGGAAAAACCAUUUAAAUGUCUGGAGUGUGGAAAGAGUUUCAGUAAAUACAAAAGUCUUGUUACACACCACAGGGCCCACACAGGUGAGAAGCCAUUUAAGUGCCUAGUGUGUGGGAAAAGUUUCAGUUAUCGUGGGAGCCUUGCUAAACACCGCAGAACCCACACCAUUGAGAAGCCAUUUAAAUGCCUGGAGUGUGGGAAAAGUUUUAGAACGAAAAAUAGUCUCAGUAGCCAUGAAAGAAUUCACUCAGGGGUGAAACCAUUUAAAUGUCUGAAGUGUGGAAAGAGUUUCAGUAAAUACAAAAUUCUUGUGGGACACCACAGGGCCCACACAGGCAAGAAGCCAUUUGAAGGCCUUGAGUGUGGGUAGACCUUUGGAAUGAGAAAAACCCUUACUAGACAAAAAAGAAUUUACUGUAUUUUUCUUUGCAUAAGACACUACUUUUUCCUAAAACCAUUACACUAAAAUUGAGGGGUGUCUUUUACAUGGAAGUAAGCUGAGAUAACUGAGGAGACAAAAUGGCACAUGCCUUGCCUCAGUAAACAGACUUCCUCCAAUCACAAGCCUUAUGGAACUGACGUCAGCUGAUGCUGAACAAACCAAUUGGAACACACCUUGUUGGAAGUGGAGCCUGUAGGCUCAGAUUCAACAGGACUCAAAAUGUCCACCGUUCUGAGCCCAGUGGUUGAAUCCUCAAAACUAAGUUUUCUUAAUUUUUGAGGGUUAGAAGGGGGGGUUCUUAUAAAUGGGGGCAUAGCAUAG